UGAAUUGAAUGAAAACUUAAAAAAGAGGGGCAUUUUUGUGAAGUUCCAUUUUGUUUUCUCCCCUUCGUUGGCUCUGGAGUCUGGACAACAACGCUAAAGGAGAAAUCUCUAGAUCGCUUGUGGAUUCGAAGAAUCUCUCACGGUCGGUUCUUGACGACGGAUCAAGCUCUAUUCCUCUAGUAUCAUCUAAUCCAUCGAGCAAUUCUCAUUUUGAUCUUCCGUUUUCAUCAUCUUCUGGAAUCAAUUUUGCUCUUGUUAAAUCUGAAAGUUCUGAGGAUAAAAUCAUGAAUUCCAACUUCGGGAAGAGAUCAUCCGGAUCGACCAAUAGCUUUGAUUUCGAUCUGGGGCUUGGAUCGAGCCAAGGUAGACCUCUGAAUGGUCAGAAGAGCCAAACAUCUUCUUAUUCGAGCUCGAAUUCGCAGCCGAGACCUGCGUGGCAGCCUGGUAAGCCGUCGUGGACGCAUCAACCUGCACCGAAGCAGAGUACGAUCCGAUCUGAGAUCGGAAGUGGACCGACUUCAAUGGUGGGUGAUAUUCAUGGUAAGACGUGGGGGUCAGCUUCGGGAUCGGGUUCGGGUAUUGGGAUUGUGAAUAAGGAUCCUAGUUUGUUUGGAGAUUUGGUUGGUUCUGCGAUAGGUCAAGGUAAAUCUAGUAGAAACGUGCCGUUGAAGAAUGCACCGCCUGUUUCGGCUUCAGGUUCGAGUAAGAGUCCUUAUUCUAUGGGGAAUUUGGGUGAUUCGUUGCCUAAAUCUGGUAAUUCGAUGAAAACUGGUGGUGGUAUGGGUUAUAGCAGUAAUCCGAGUGGUUUUUCUGGUGGUUACACGAGCUCCGGUGGUUUUAAUGCUAAUCUUGGAGGUCCUUCAAUGAAAAAUAUGGCUGGGGGCAAUCUAAAUGGGUCUGGUCUUCCUUCGAAUAGUGAUCCAUUUGGUUCUUUGGUUGGUUUCGGAUCAAAAUCAUCAGGAAGCAAACCAGGAAAGGUUAACAACAAUGCACAGAAUGAUACUUUUGGGAAUUUUCAAGGAGUGUCGAACCUUAACAGUGGCGGUUCUACGGGAACAACUACUCAAAUCAACGACUUUGGGGGUUUCCAGGCUUCGAAAUCAAACACAUUCUCAUCAGGAGGUAGCUUCAAUGCUUCAAACGUUGAUUUUGGUGUGCAACCAAGUGGUCCACAAUCUUCGAGUGCAAACGAUGAUCCAUUAGGAAUGUUCUCUAAUUCCAAACCCUCAGCUGCACCACCUACGCCACAGACCGAAGAUUGGGGAUUUGAAAGUUUUGACGGUGGGGCUGGUUCCACCACCGAGCUUGAUGGUUUGCCACCGCCUCCACCGGGUGUAUCAGCUACAUCAGCUAAGAACAAGGGCAUUGAUAACCAGAGACAAGGUCAGUAUGCUGAUGCCAUAAAGUGGCUCUCUUGGGCUGUGAUUCUUAUGGAUAGAGCUGGUGAUGAAGCUGGAUCAGCCGAGGUUCUUUCAACAAGGGCUUCGUGUUACAAAGAAGUUGGAGAGUAUAAGAAAGCUGUAGCCGACUGCACAAAGGUACUUGAUCACGACAAGAAGAAUGUGACCAUUCUGGUUCAACGAGCACUGUUAUACGAGAGCAUGGAGAAAUACAAACUCGGAGCUGAAGACCUAAGGAUGGUUCUAAAGAUUGAUCCCGGGAAUAGAAUCGCUAGAAGUACUGUUCACCGCCUAACCAAAAUGGCUGGUUGAUCCUUCAUAUAUACGGAUACUACUCAAAGAAAAAAAACAAAAAACCCUCAAAUAUCUAUAAUCCUUCACAUUGCUUUGCUCAAUACCGUUUCCUCUCUCAUCCAUGGACCAUGCGUGUGUGUAUUUUUUUUCUGAGAUUUAUUGGUUCGUCUAUAAUGCGGCAGCUUCUUGUAGUAAGUGGGUCAUGAGUGUAUUUUUUUGGAUGGUGCAUUUAUAUGUUGUUGAUUUUCUUACACACUAAUUUUUUUUGAGUUUAUCAUGAAAUGUUUGAUCAUCGAUGUCAUAUGAAAUGCCAAAGAUGACCGUAAAUUUCGCAUCGUAACUCGCAAAGAUGAACCUUACUUUGAGACGCUGCCUGCGUGAUGGACGUGAGACGCAUAACGCAUACUAUUAAAUUACCAGACGCUCGUGGAC